AGGGUGGAGCUGGACGAUGAGUGAGAAAACUGCAUUCUGCACCAAACCUGAAAGUUGUGGUAGUUAGAAGCCAUUCAAAGAAGAAAGUUAUCUGCUUGCCAUAACGACGUCACGAAAAGGCCUCUUUGAAAUAAAACUCGCCGCAUGCAUGGAUCAAAACGAAAUUAUUGUAUAAUUUUAAUUUACGAUCAGACUACCAGUAUGCAGAAAGUUAGUACUUCACACGUCCGUUGACGACAUUUUCCUUUACACAUUGAUCUCAUCCUCAUCACCUGCCAGCAAUCCUUGAGGAUGGGAAUGCAACUCUUCCAGUGUCAAGAGUGUCUGAUUUGUUUCCCUUAUUUCUGCUCGCAGUCUGUUUUUGAACUAGUGUUUAUGAGUUUAGGCCAUGCGGGGUCGUAACAUAUUUAGUCAAAAAACUAUUCUACUGUUUGGACAAGGCCUCUUCUUUGCUGGUAGCAUUUUAAUGUGCUGCAUACAGAGCCCUGUCAACUUGCUUUUCCUCUGAUGCCAAGAAUCAGGGGCAAAAACCUCUGAAGACGAGUUGAAGACUUCCUGUUUGUUAGUCUGCUGAACAUCAUGGACAUUGAUCUGGAUAUAAUUCUUCAUUUCUAUGCAAAAGUUCCUUCCAUAAUAGACAGAUGUAUAAAGAAACUGACUCAGAGUUCUUAUCCUCAUGGGUCUCAUUUCAAAGACGCUUUAUUGCGACACGAUGUUGAGAAGGUGAAGGAGACAGCAGAGAAGCUUAAAGGCUAUACGAUUAAUAAGCUUCUGACAUUUAAUGACCCUCCAUGGCGUUUUUAUUUGCCUGCAUUGUGCAUAGCUAUCCAGUGGAAAAACAAGGAAAUGGUGCAUUGUCUUCUUGAAAACGGUGCAGAUCCGAAUCGCCAGGGAAAGAUCACUUACAAUGGGGCAGAUUGCUGGUUUUUAACACCCUUGCAGCUUGUGCUUCGUCACAUCCCAGAAGAAGGUUGGCCUUUUGAUCCAGAGCUAGCUGAGAUGCUGUUGUUAGCAGGUGCUGAGAUCAACAAGCAGGUUGGCAUCACCAUUGAAGAUGAGGAGGAAGGAGGUAGCAUGCGGUUUACAACAGGAAAUACUUAUCUCCAUCACUGCAUCUGUCACCAGCAGUCCUAUGUUGUCUUUGACUUCCUUUUGGACCAUGGUGCUGACUUGCUCAAAACAGAACAGAUGGGAAAGACCCCACUGCAUAUGGCCUCGGAGGUACAUUGUUACAAUCCAUAUUUCGUUGAUGAACUUAUAAGAAGAGGAGGACUGACACAGGAAGAGGAUGAUGAAGGCAAUACAGUUUUGAUCAACUUGCUGAUGGUGUUACGAGAAAACGUUGAUGGCAUUGUGCAGAGUUUGAGUGUUUUGCACCAAGCAGGAUAUGAUCUCCGGAAAGACAAAAGUUUGCUGAGGCUGGAUCUCAGACACUUUGCUGCAAAAAACUCUAUUCAGGCACUUGAGUCUGGGUGGCUGGCAGAGUGGUUGCUAGACACCCAGCCUAAAGUACUUACCCUGAAGCAGACAUGCCGACUUGUGGUGCGAAAAGCGAUAGGUAAAACCUGCAGUUACAAGAAACUUUCCCAACUUCAACUUCCAAGCCAGUUGAUUGACUAUCUUUAUCUCAGAGACCACUCAAACAGCAGGCUAUGUUAUGGAUGAUUUCAGCUGACAUGCCUGUGAAUUCAUAGUCUUCCAAAGGUUGAUGUGACUGAGCAAGUCUUUCAUUUAACUCUAUGUGAUAACAUCUCAAGUUUUUUGUGAGUAUGUGCUUUUGGUAUGCAGUGAUAUAUUUUGUGUGCUGGUAUGCAGUCAUCUUUAGUGCUGUUCUAGUAUUAGAAUCUUGCUUUUUUUUUUUAAUAUGUGCAUCAUCUCCAGAAACAUUUCAAGCUGCUGAUGGUUUUUUUUUAACCCCAUUAUGCUAAAUUGCAUAUUUAAAAAAAUGAAGCUAAGGCGACUUUUACAUGAUCUGUGACACAUAACUAAAAAAAAAAAAUGUCAUCUUGACAUAACUUUAACUUAAUUAUAUCAUAAAGAAAAAGUGCCAGGGAUCUCAGCCUUGUAGACUGCCUGUCCAGGUUGAACUUCUGUCCUGGGGCAGGAAAGAAUGGUUUGAUCCAGGGAUGACAGGUGAGGAACACCCUAGUGGUUGCUUAUUGGCUGACAUGCCCUCCUCUGGGUUGAACCAUACUUUCCAGCUCUAUGGUGAACUUUUUACCUUUAAGCUGAUUUCAGCACCCUUUUCACAACUUAUUUUGAACUUUUCAGGUGACUUGCCUCACAAACACAAGUUAUGAAAUUUACAUUCAAUCAGCAUGCACAAUUCUAUUUCAACAACAUAUAUUUUAACGCAACCAUCCAUUCAUGAUGUCAGAAACUUAGGAAGGGCAGCCAUGAGUCACGAAAUGCAAUACCUGCUUUGUGAGCACUGAGUAUCGCUAUGUUUAGUGAAGGAAAAAAGUUAAUUUUUAUGUGGUUGAUGAAUGUAUUAUACAUUUCAUCACCUCUCUUUUCUGUCAGCUUUUAGAUUUUAUGACAAGCUUAUCACGUGUGCCUGCAUGCUGUCAAAUAUGGUUCAAAGAGUAUGUACAUUCAUUUUCAGAUCUCUUUGUGAACGUCUGCACACAUGCUAACAGAGAGGGAAAGUACUUAUCUCUCUGAGCAUGCAAAUGUUAAGUUGCUUUUUAAUUGCCAUAAUACUGAUGCUCUUACCAUUACACUUGCAUAAUUGGUUGUUAAAAAAAUUAAUAAGGUAAAAUGUCACUAGUACAAAGAAACACUGCCACAAUAAUUACUUGUUUUCAACAGCAAAAUCUUUAUUAUAUUUUUGUUAUAAAUGUAUGUAUACAUGACA